GAUUGUCUCUGUGUGUGGUCGACGAUGGCAUCGCUGCUGCGCUUCCUCGCAGUGUGGAUUGUCGUGCCACUCGUGGCAUUUCAACGCAGUCAAGGCAAAAGCAUCAACAGCUUCGCCGGACCAUACAUCGUCUACGUAAACACAUUUGAAAUGUGCCCAUCGGACGGAACACAUACAAGUCAUUUACGUCUCAGCCACUUCAACCCCGCUAGACCUUUCAGCCGGCAGACUUUAACGGGGAAUGUAACGUUGCGGAAAGAUUUCACGGACAACUAUAUGAUAUUCGUGGAUUUGGCCACACGAUCAAACAACCAAUGGAAAGAAAACGCAUUCAUCAUGAAUUUUCCUAAAGUAGGAUGCUCAACGUGGCGUGAGCAAGUGCCGGAAUUUUUCCACUUCUUUGCCAACAUCAGCGGCGCGUCAGAAGAUAAGAACAAACCAUGUCGCAUCCCAGCAGGAGAAUAUAUCUUCAAGAAUGAACCAAUGAAGUGGAGAACUCCGAACUUCAAAGUGAUGCCGUACGGUCGCUAUCGGAUGCGUAUCAAGAUCCGAGACGGCCCCACUGUAGUAGGAUGUAAUGAGCUGGACUGUGAGGCCAUCCCCAGGCCGUCUUGAGUUGCGCUGUGUCCUAAAACCACACACUUCCGAUAAUGGCCUGUGACGACUCCGCGUCCCCGUACUUCCCGUUUGGUGGGUGAAAAUCCUCCGAAGUCUGCU